AUGGCGUUGAAACCAGCUCACAGAGUCGUUGUCACGGGGAUGGGUGUCGUAUCCUGUCUAGGAACUGGAACACAUUAUGUAUGGCAAAGAUUGCUGGAAGGGAAGUGUGGAAUUACAUCCCUUUUAGGGAAAGAGUUUGAACAGAUACCUAGCAAAGUAGCUGGUCUGGUUCCCCGAGGGACAUCCAAAGGCUUAUUCAACAUUGAACUAUGUCCGAAGAUUGAUGGCAGAGCCAUUACCUCAGCUACCCAGUUUUGUCUGGCAUCCGCGGAGGAAGCUCUGACGAUGGCAAAAUGGAAACCUGAAAAUGAGAAGGACAAGGAACGUACAGGAGUCUGUAUUGGCACUGGUAUGGUUCCGCUGGAGGAAAUUGGUGAUGCAGCAGAACAUUUGAGGCAGGGAAACUAUCGCAAAAUGUCCCCUUGGUUCAUUCCCAGAAUUCUCAUCAAUAUGGCCGCUGGUCAUGUCAGUUUAGCAUAUGGAUUUACGGGACCCAACCAUGCUGUCUCAACAGCUUGUGCUACUGGACUCCACGCCAUUGGAGAUGCUUCGAGGCUCAUCCGCAAUGGUGAUGCGGAUGUAAUCAUAGCAGGCGGAUGCGAGGCAUCAGUGACUCCCCUGGGAAUGGCCGGAUUUUGUCGCAUGAGGGCCUUGAGUACAAAUUUUAACUCUCAGCCUGAACAGUCCUCACGACCUUUUGACAAAGAUCGAGAUGGAUUUGUCAUGUCUGAAGGAGCCGGGGUUCUAGUUCUGGAGAAUCUACAGCAUGCCCAGCAGAGGGGAGCGGCUAUUUAUGCAGAAGUUUUAGGGUACGGAUUAUCUUGUGAUUCUAGCCAUAUAACUGCACCGAGCGAGGAUGGUGGCGGUGCAAAACGGUGCAUGGCUGCCGCAGUUAGAGACUCCAGUAUCAGACUUGAGCAGGUUGGACACAUAAAUGCCCAUGCUACGUCAACUCCACUGGGCGAUGCAGCUGAAAGCCGAGCUAUUUUAAAUCUCUUUGGGGAUGUUGCCCAAAACAUUUUGGUCACUUCUACCAAAGGUGCCACCGGACAUCUCUUGGGUGCCGCAGGUGGCCUGGAAGCCGUAUUUGCUGUUUUAGCGUGUUUUACGGGAACUGUUCCUCCAACUUUAAACUUGAGCAGUCCAGCAACAGGAUGUGAUUUAAAUUAUGUGGUUAACUCUUCUGCAGCAUGGGCCGGCACAGACGGCCCCAGAAUUGCUUUGACGAACUCUUUUGGAUUUGGUGGUACAAAUGCUACUGUUUGUCUGUCUCAGUACACAGAAGAGUAA